AUGGAUACAAAGGAAAGUAUCAACAAUGAAAAGAAAGAUGAACAAAAUGUGAGCAAAAAUAAAACUUUUAAUACAGAAGAUGAACAAUACAAAAAUGAUGAAAACAUCAAGAGUGAAAAUGCAAAAAAUAUCAAUUCAAAAGAUGAAAAUUUAAAAAAUGAAGAAACUGAAGAUGGCAAUUUAAAAAAUAAUGAGAAUAAAGAUAAUAAAGAUGAAAAUGUUAUGAAUAUGUUUUUAAGUUAUAUACAAAAAAAUAAGGAUGAUCCUCAAAUUCUUCAGCAAAUGUUAAACAUUAUGAAUAAUCAAAUGAAAAACAGCUUGUCUGCAAAUCCAGUAAGUCUUAAUAGUACAAAUAUAAAUGAAAAAGAAAAAAAUGAAGGACUUAUAAUGUCAAAUACUGAAAAUUUAAUAGAUAAAAAUCAAAAUAAUAAUCAAUCUUCUAAGGACAAAGAAAAAGAUGAUGAUAAAAAAAUAAAUGAGGAAAAUGAAAACUUAAAAUUAAAUGGAAUUAAUACAAAUAAUAAUAAAAAUCAAUUACAUGAAAAGAAAAAUAUAUAUGAAUUCAAUAAAUUGGAUAAUUUAAAUGAAUUAGAUGAAAUAAAUAAAGUAAAUGAUAUGCAUAAUUCAGGAUGUGUUGAAAAAGAAAUGUUACCAAACUUAAUAAAUAAUAAUGUCGAUAAAAAGAAUAUCUCAGAAUCACAUAAAGGAAAUAAUAGUAAUUUAAAUAAUUUUGGUUUGAAUAAUUUGAAUUCAAAUAAAUUAGAUAAUAAUAAUGCAGAUGAACAUAUGAAUAAAAAUAUAUAUAUAAAUCAACAAAAUUUCAAUGAUAAAAAUAUUUUAAAUACUGAAGACAAAGGAUUAAUAAAAAAAAAGCAUAAUGAAUUAGUUGAAGAUAAUGAUGAAUAUGUAAUCGAAAAUAAUGAAACAAAGGAAUCAUUUGAAGAAGAAGCUGUAUCGUUAAUUGAAAAAUUAAAAAUAUUAAAUAAUGAAAAAAAUAAAACGGACACACCGAAUAACUUACAUAUUAAAACAAAUAACAAUAAUAACCAAAGUGAUUUUAAAUUAUAUCACUCAAAAAAUACUUGGGAAGAAUUAAAAAUAGAUAAUGAAUUAAUACAAAUAUUAACAUAUUUAAAAUUUUUCAGUCCUUCGAAAAUUCAAGCAUAUGCGUUACCAAUUAUUUUAAAUAGUAACAAAAACUUAAUAGCACAAUCUCAAAACGGAUCAGGAAAAACAUUAACAUUUGUUAUUGCAAUUUUAUCAAAAAUUAAUAGAAAUUUAUCAUCCUUGCAAUCUAUGUGUAUAUGUCCCACUAGAGAAUUAUCUCAACAAAACUAUGAUGUCAUAAGUAGUUUUACAAAAUACUUAAAUGUGAAAGUUUUUUUAGCUGUACCCCUAUGUGAAAAAUAUAAUAAAUCAGGAGGUUUUCAAAUAUAUGUAGGAACACCAGGAAAAACAUUAGAUUUUUUAAAAAGAAAAUAUAUUGAUACAAAUAAUAUAAAAUUAUUUGUUUUGGAUGAAGCAGAUGAUUUAAUUGAUAUUAAAAAUAAUAUGUCUACUCAGGUAGAAAGUAUUAAAAGAUUUCUACCAAGAAAUUGUCAGAUUCUUUUAUUUUCUGCAACUUAUAAUAAGGAUGUUCGUUUAUUUGCUGAUCAAUUUGCUCCUCAAUCAACAAAAAUAAGUGUAAGACAAGAAGAUUUAACAUUAAAAUGUGUUAAGCAAUAUUAUUUAAUUACAGAAAAUGAUGAACAAAAAUAUUAUUAUUUAUCUGAAUUAUAUUGUUCUAUGACUAUAUCUCAAUGUGUAAUUUUUGUUAAUUCUAAGAAAUCAGCUUAUAAUUUAUACAAAUUCAUGACUGAUAAUAACCACAAUGUCACUUUAAUUUGUGCCGAUAGUGUAAUUAGUCGUUUUACAAAAAAUCAGGUACAAAAAGCAAAUGUGUUAGUAAUGGAUCCUCAAACAAGAGAUACAUUAAUGUCUGAUUUUAAAAAGGGAAUUUCAAAAGUUUUGAUAUGCACAGAUUUAUUAUCAAGAGGUAUAGAUGUUCCUUCUAUAAGUUUAGUUAUUAAUUUUGAUUUGCCAUAUAUUUAUCAAGGCAGAAUAGAAGAUAAUUCGAACUCUUUUCAAAAUCAGAAAGUAAAUAUGGAAACUUAUAUUCAUAGAAUUGGAAGAACAGGAAGAUUUGGUUCAAAGGGUAUGGCAAUAAAUUUUAUCAGCAAAAAUCAACUCCCACAUAUUAAUCAGAUUGAGCAAUUUUAUAAAUGUGUUAUAUCAGAUUUAGAAUUUGAUUCAGAACUUAUGAAAACUUCACUAACAAAACUAAAAAAUUAA